AUGGCAACUUUACCAGGGACAGUUCCCAGAAUGAUGCGCCCCGCGCCGGGACAGAACUACCCCCGCACCGGCUUUCCUUUGGAAGUGUCGACUCCUCUGGGCCAAGGCCGAGUGAACCAGCUCGGGGGGGUGUUCAUUAAUGGGCGACCUUUGCCAAACCAUAUCCGCCACAAGAUAGUGGAGAUGGCCCACCACGGCAUCCGCCCCUGCGUGAUCUCCCGGCAGCUGCGAGUCUCUCAUGGCUGCGUCUCCAAAAUCCUUUGCCGGUAUCAGGAGACCGGCUCCAUCCGCCCCGGAGCCAUCGGAGGGAGCAAACCCAGGCAGGUUGCCACUCCCGACGUGGAAAAGAAAAUCGAGGAAUACAAGAGAGAGAAUCCGGGGAUGUUUAGCUGGGAAAUCCGAGAUAGACUCCUGAAAGAUGGGCACUGUGACAGGAGCACUGUUCCCUCAGGUUUAGUGAGUUCGAUUAGCCGGGUGCUAAGAAUCAAGUUCGGGAAGAAAGAGGAAGAGGAGGAGUGUGACAAGAAGGAGGAAGACGGGGAGAAAAAGGCGAAGCACAGCAUAGACGGCAUUUUGGGCGACAAAGGUAACAGGCUGGAUGAAGGCUCAGAUGUUGAGUCUGAACCGGACCUACCCUUGAAACGCAAGCAACGCCGUAGCCGGACCACCUUCACGGCCGAGCAGCUGGAGGAGCUGGAGAAGGCCUUUGAGAGAACCCACUACCCAGAUAUCUACACACGAGAGGAGCUAGCCCAGAGGACCAAACUCACAGAGGCCCGAGUACAGGUGUGGUUCAGUAACCGAAGAGCCAGGUGGCGCAAGCAAGCAGGAGCCAAUCAGCUGGCAGCUUUUAAUCACCUGUUGCCAGGGGGCUUUCCGCCAACUGGAAUGCCGACUCUACCGCCCUACCAGCUGCCAGAUUCCACCUACCCCACCACCACUAUUUCCCAAGAUGGGAGCAGCACCGUGCACAGACCCCAGCCCCUGCCACCAUCCACCAUGCACCAGGGAGGGCUGGCAGCCGCUGCCGCCGCUGAUACCAGUUCUGCCUACGGGGCCCGACACAGCUUCUCCAGCUACUCGGACAGUUUCAUGAACCCUGCAGCUCCUGCCAAUCACAUGAACCCUGUCAGCAACGGCCUCUCUCCACAGGUGAUGAGCAUCCUAAGCAACCCGAGCGGCGUUCCGCCACAGCCCCAGGCUGAUUUCUCCAUCUCUCCCCUCCACGGUGGUUUGGACACCACCAACUCCAUCUCCGCCAGCUGCAGCCAGCGGAGCGACUCCAUCAAGUCUGUUGACAGCCUCCCCACCUCGCAGUCCUACUGCCCUCCCACCUACAGCACCACCGGUUAUAGCGUGGACCCCGUGGCCAGCUACCAGUAUGGACAGUAUGGACAAACUGCUGUCGAUUAUUUGGCCAAGAACGUGAGCCUGUCUACACAGCGUAGGAUGAAGCUGGGAGAACAUUCAGCUGUGCUGGGCCUCCUACCGGUAGAGACAGGCCAGGCUUACUGAAGAGCCCAUCUGUGCCAACAACCCACUCCAGCAACCUGGUACCACCACAGAAAACACCACCGGCAGCCUUCCAGGGUUCCACCUCUGCCCGGACCCCGCUCCUUUCCAAAUCCCCACCACCCUGCACCAACUCAAGCUGUGAAGGAGAUGGGAAAGAGGGCGGGAGGGCUCUCCAUGUAUCCAGUUCCUUACCGAGCACUCUUCUAAGACGCCAACCCAGCCUCUUUAACCGUGACUCCUUCUACGGCCAGAGACAAUGGGUUGGAUACAUUUAUUGACCCUAAUGUUCAUGCCCUCCCUCCAGCCCACCUGGUCAGCUUGGCAUACUGCCCACACUUACUGACUUUCCAUUGAUCUCGGUAGUUGGCACAGUCAACGCUGAAUUUCUUUUUCCAUUGUAAAAUAUAUUUUUUUAUUUCCCCCUCUUUUUUAUUGUAGUAACUUGGUGGCUGUUGUAUAGAAGGAGUAACCAAGCUGAUCACUAAGGGUGAUGCCCUUCGGGACCAAAAGAACCUUUGGACCAAAUAUAAGAAGGUGUUUAAAAAACAAAUGAAAGUUACAGCAAACCUGUCCACCUCCCACGCUGCUGAUAGGAUCCCAUAGCAAGGAAAAAGCAGGCAGGGAUGUUGCUCAGCAAAGGUGGGAUUUGAUGGAUGCUAUAAAUGCUCCAACCUGGGACCUUUGGAAAGUGUAAAUGUAAAUUGCUGAGGGGGGUUAGGAGAAGUUGGGGGCAGGUAUGAGCAACACUCAGUUUUCCUCUUAGGGACCAACUAGAUCCCGACAGGAUGGUGUGGGGCUGACUGAAAACCACUUGCAUCCCAUAGCAGCAGGAGAGUCAGUAAGAAAUGUUGGCGCAUGUGCGUGUGGAGGGCUGGCAUGGACAGUGUUUAGGCCAGGUGGCGUCUGAUUGAUUGGGCAGAGUGAGAACUGAACAAUGACCUUCCUUCGCUCAGCGAGUUUGAUCCUGGCAGUGAGGGAGAGUGGCUGUGUAUGUUGGCAAGGGAGGCACGCUGCCCAACGGAGCCUAGCUGGAGACACUUCAGCUUUCAGAACUGGGUCCUUCUGCUGCUAGAACAUGACUGAAAUGAAAUGAGACUUGUUCUGAAGGCGCCUGUCAGGGAAGUCUCCCAUCAAGUGAAGGGCUGAGUGACGAGUUAGUCGCUGGGAUGGAGGAGGUGCAUUAGCUAAGGCACAGUGCCACACAAAACUGGAGUGUGCGUCAUGCACUGGGGAGACAGAGGGCUGUGGGAAUGGUCUGACCACGACAGUCUGUCUCCAACUGGCCAGAGAGAGAGGGAGGCAUAAACCCACAUAAUGCACCUAUUUGUGCUGUGCUGUACGGCAGAGGAAAGACUCUUGUGCCCUUAUGCACGUAACUCUUUAUUUCGCAACCUACCAGGAUAAGUACUUGUCUCUUACCUUAAGUAACUCGUCCUUUUCGCCAUCAUCUGGUCCUUUUCUGGACAGGUUGAUCUCUUGGUCCCUUCUCUUCAUAUUUCUGUGUUCUUUAUUUUGGAGCUACAUUCUCUCUAGUACCCAGAUUUUUUUUUUUUUUUUUUUGGUUCAGAUUUGCCUCCCUCUUUUCUGUAGCAUACAGCACUCUUUCCUCCAUACCAACCCAUGAUCCUGCUCAGCUCAAUGUUCAGGUAAACCCAGCUGGGAAUAACAAGUUAUAUACGAGUCACGAACCACGUGGGGCUUAUACCGUUUAUUUAUAUGGUGCAGUAACAAUCUUCACUCAUCCCGAUAAAAGGCUAUAGCAGGUCCCUAAACAUUUAGACGUUCUUCCCCCUUUGACUGCAUUUAAAUGGCUCACCUCCGAGAACACCCUUACUGUUUACUCAUCGCCCUGAAGAGGCUGGGGAAAGCUGCCAUUGAAACAACCCAUCCUGCCCCAUUCCUUUAAACGAUCUUGUGCCAGCCAGUGACUCAUUUGUAAGGUCCAACGUUCCAUGGAUUGGCAGCAGAUGCUGCAUGCCGGGUCGGUCAGACACAACUUUCUGGUGUCUAUAUUGGACGUCCCUUCAGUGGAGUUGAGAGAUGUGGGGGGACCUAGUUUCUGCCUCCCAGUGACAGAUGAUUAAAGGGCGGGUGAGGGGGCGGAUUUCUUCCCUGUAUCCUUCAGCUUCUUCUUUUUUGCAUUUCCCUCAAACCAUCAGUCCUUGUCUUUACACCUGAAGCAACAUCUUCUGGGCAGUUUCAGGCUUUCUGGUGCCUUGCCCUUGGCUGCAUUUUAUUGUUAACCACAAAGUUGCCAACUCCCGUGGAGACGGCAUCCCACAUGGGCAAAUUGCCAGGUCUUAGUCAAAGCAGAUUUUUGCUUCAUGUGUUGCUCUGUAUUUCAUCAGACACCAUCCAUGGCUUUCAUCCAGCCCACUGCUUCACUGGGCUUUGUUGUUCCGAACUCCUGAAAGCAUUUUAACACACAAGGUUCAUCUCUCUUAUUUAUACACACACACUGCUGUUCAGUAGCUGGGAUGCUGACAAUUGUACACAUAGAAUCCUCUGCAAUGAUUUGUACAGAGAAUCCAAAUCCCUCCUUUGCUUGUCCAACUCUGCAACAAAUAAAAGUGUGAUUCCAGCACCUCCCCUCGACUCCGGGAGAAUUUCCCGGGAUCACAGAAUUUCCUAGUUCUUGCAUUUCACAAUGCCAUUUCCAAGACUAAAUACUGCAUAUAAAGCGGGAGUUGAUGAAGACAAGAAUACUGGUUUCUUAGAGGUUACUGGCGAACUGAGAUAUGAUAGACAAGAGGUGUUGCCCAAAGCUAGUGUGAUAGAAAAGGAAAAUGGAGACUUACGUGCUUUUGGUUUGGAUCUGAAAUGAGGAAGAGCAACUUUUGAAUCCCACUUCUGGCUUGACUGUCCCUCCCAGUAACUAUAAUAACAUUAUUACCCCAACCACAUCUAAACUGGAGAAUCAAAGGAACAUCUGGAAACUCAAAGCAGAGGCUAGGGUGUUUCCGUGAGAUAGCCCAUGGGGUCCGUGACUAAAACAUCCAUUUUAACCUGCUCCAGUACCUCAUGGUUACCUGUGGUUUUUUAACAGACACCAGUAAGUACUGCUGCAGCCAUAGAACAUGUGCAUUUGGGGAUGAUUUUACUGUGUGCCAUGAACUGCGUUAGUCAGCAAAAAAUAUUGACGGCUGAGUGACCAUAAGCACCCAAGAAGGGCUGUCACGCCCUAGAAAUCUACAGCCUGACAUGUCUUGGUGCUGUUAGGAAAUGUAAUGUACAGAGGAAAAAUGUUAGUCCCCUGCAUUAACUGAGCAUUGUUAUCACUGACAGCCAAUUAAAAAGCUCUAGUAAUAUGCCAAGUCCUAAAAGCCAUUUUAUACUUCAACUAAUUAAAGCCAUUUUUGACUAAACUGAUUUCUCGUCACCUGCUAUAUGAUACAACCGGCAGGAAAGACCCACCUUGUAACAAGAAACGGUUGGCCACUGAUCCAACCCACAAAAAGGUGCACUUCCUCUUUUCCCCACCUUGUUUUCUUGUAUACUUGUGUGUGCAUAUAUACAAAAGCAACAGACACACAACAGCUCCCAGUCUGUAAGGUGGCCCUCAACAGCAUACAGCAGGUUGUAGUAGUGGGUAUGUUGUUAACAGACAACUUCAGUUAAGCUAAGAGCCAGAGUGCAGGAGCCUAAGAUAAAGAGUCUUAAAAAGAGGGAGCGUUAUAGAAAUCUGUUUACCAAUUACCUUCACCAGAAAGUCCACAAACAUCCUGGCUGCUGUUGUAAAUAGAGUUCUUAGAGGAAUAUGAAAAACGCCCCAUGCGAAUAGCUAUUCUCUGACCCUCUCCCUGAGGUCGCACUUAUGUACAUUAGUUGGAUAUUUGGUCAUGUGCUGUAUGUUUAUAGAAAGUUGAGUUUUUUUAUAUACUAAAAACACAGUGAGUGCUGUGCUAGUUUAAAAAAAAAAUGGGGCAAACCGUAGAAAUUUGCAUAUCGUGUGUUUUCAAAAUACAUUCCAGAAUCUUUGGGGUGGGAUGGGUUUGUUUUUGUGGGUGGGGGGGUGUUUUUUUGUGUUUUAAUUUUUUAAGGUACAUUAAUGUAUGAAAGUCAAAAGAUUUUGUUUUGUUUUGUUUUAUUUUAUGGAUUGCCAACCUCAGUUCUGCUGAAAAAAAGACAAACUUGGGGGAUGAGGUGGGGAAGCAAAAUGGAGGGAGCGAUGCGCUAAAGGCGAAGCGCUAGGAAGGGUGGAACCGCGGCUCUUGGCAACGGGCAAGCAUCGGACUCACAGGAGCCUGGAGAACGCCUGGCCAGAGUCACUUGAAGUGAAAUGAACUGGCCAUGAGCAGACAUUCCAACCAUGGGGAUGCAGGGACACCUGGGAACCCAAACAAAUCCCGCGCUUAAUAAAAACAAACCAACUGAAGGACACAUUCAAUGGACGUUCUCCCAGGAUGAUUUUUUUCCAGGCCUGUGAACACGAUCCUUGUGGGAGAAGAAGUAAUGGAUUUGCUUUAUCUCCCCACCCACCGGCACCAUUCCGAGACCAUGCUGGUCACUAUCUCACCAUGUUCUGCUGCUCAGCAGAUUAGCCCCUGUUGUUCAGAGACUUUGUGUAUUUAAUGCUUUUAACCCAUCACCCCUAACACCUCCAUAUACCCAUCUGGGAAAUAUCUACAUAGCACUAUAGAACAUUCCUUAUUCCUAGUAACUGCGGAUAUGUUGCUUCUGUGUUUGACUCAUAGCCAUUUUGCUCCAUGUGUAUGCGUGUGUGUGUGUGUGCGUGCGUGGGUGUGCGUGCGUGUGUGUAUAUAUAUAAUCGCACCAUAAUUUAUUCAGCUAUAUGGAGUAGUAGAAUAGAAAGAGAAACUGGU